UCUCUGCUAAAUAAUCUCUGAUCAAAUUGAUGGCGGAAUUCUGAAUCUUGUCCGGGGAAACGCGUCUUCUGCUAUAUCUCUCUAUAAAUUCAAAAAGUGUGAAUAAUUUCCACUUUUACUUGUUGGGAAAGUGAAUAAUCAGCCGUACAUUUAAAGGAAUGGCUGAAACUGGCUCAGAUCAAGCAGAUGACAUGAAGCAUGACAGCACUUCAUACCCUGGGAUCUCAGAUCAAGAGAAAGAGAUGGCAGCCAAUGCUUUUGAGGCCUUUAAGACUGGAAGCUAUGAUGUGUCCCUGAAACACCUAGACUGCCUUCAGGAGUUGAACAAGGAGGACUACAAGAUUUCGAUGAAUAAAGCUGUCGCCGAAUUCUUUAAAACUGGACAGACAACAACCGGCACCCUGAAGCAGACGUUGAUGAUCUUGAAGAAUCAGAUGCACACAUCUGUGGAUGAUAUUGAUGGUUUGGAUGAUGUUGAAAACAGUAUCCUUUACUACAAUCAAGCGGUGAUUCAUUACCACAUGCGACAAUAUUCAGAAGCUAUAUCCAUCGGGGAGAAGCUCUACCAGUUUCUUGAACCUUUUGGUACGUUUUCGUACUCCACAGGUUUGAACCAGAGGUUUGCUCAGGCCAUUUGUUUCCUGUUGGUGGAUCUUUACCUGCUCACCUUCCAGCCAGAGAAGGCCCUGCAUCUGCUGGCUGUGCUGGAGAAACUGACCAUGAAGGAAGGAACCAACAAGAAUGGCAAAGGAGAGAGCACCAGCAGCACAAAUAAAGAGUCUGCUGCUCAAAAGGCAGAUUUCACAGCUAUGAUCGAGGCAGCUAAAUCAAAGAUGCACCAGUAUAAAGUACAAGCCUAUAUACAGAUGAAGUCACUGAAGGCCUGCAAACGAGAAAUCAAAUCUGUGAUGAACACAACUGGUAAUUCUGCUUCCUCACUCUUCUUGAAGAGUAAUUUUGAGUACUUGAGGGGAAAUUACCGUAAAGCUGUAAAACUCCUCAACAGUUCAAACAUCGCAGAACAUCCAGGACCCUUGAAAACAGGUGAAUGUGUGAGGUGUAUGUUCUGGAAUAAUCUAGGCUGUAUCCAUUUUGCCAUGGGGAAACACAACCUUGGUCUGUUUUACUUCAAAAAAGCACUUCAGGAAAAUGACCACACAUGCGCUCAGCUUGGGGACAGCAGUAAUGGACCAGCAGCUAAGAAGUUCACAGGCAUCCCCAUGUGCGCUUUGUUAGCUAAUAAGCGCUAUGAGCUUCUGUAUAACUGUGGGAUUCAGUUGCUUCAUCUCGGCCGGCCGCUGGCAGCUUUUGAGUGUCUGAUGGAGGCGGUGCAGGUGUAUCACUCUAACCCUCGACUCUGGCUCAGACUUGCAGAGUGCUGCAUCACAGCUAAUAAAGGGAGUUCAGAGCAGGAAACAAAGGGUUUGCCCUGUAAAAAGGGGAUUGUACAGGCUGUUGUUGGGCUGGGCUACCAUCGCAAGAUUGUUCUAGCAUCACAGUCCACACAAAACACCAUCUACAGUGAGGGUCAGUCAGCAGCAAUCCCAGUGGCCAGUAUGGAGUUUGCGGCAAUCUGUCUGCGUAACGCAUUGCUCCUGCUACCAGAGCACCAACAGCACGACAGCAAACCAGACAACGGCUCCAAGAGCUGCAACCAGUCAGGCAGCAUGGAAAGCGGCAGCGAGACAAGCGAUGCCUGCAGUGGGAAGAGUCAAGAGGGAAACAAGUUCAUUCCUGCUGCCCCCUCAUCACCUUUGAGAAAACAAGAGGUGGAGAAUCUCAGGUGCUCAAUUCUAGCAUGCAGUGCAUAUGUGGCUCUUGCUCUUGGGGACAACUUAAUGGCUCUUAACCAUGCAGAAAAGCUCCUACAUCAAACGAAGCUAUCAGGAUCUCUCAAGUUCCUGGGUCACCUAUAUGCUGCUGAAGCCCUGAUCUCUCUGGACAGAAUUUCUGAUGCUAUUGCACAUCUCAACCCAGAGAACAUUACUGAUGUCUCAUUAGGGGUGUCACCCAGCGAACAAGACCAAGGUUCUGAUAAAGGAGAUCUAGAGCCUGUGGAGUCCUCAGGGAAGCAGACUCCUUUAUGUUACCCCAGCUCAGUGAGCUCCGCCAGGGCCACAAUGCUCUUCAACUUAGGCAGUGCGUAUUGCUUGAGGAGUGAGUAUGAGAAAGCCCGCAAGUGCCUUCAUCAGGCUGCUUCAAUGGUGAACACCAAGGAGAUUCCUCCAGAAGCCAUUUUACUGGGUGUCUACUUAGAACUCCAGAAUGGAAACACACAGCUGGCCCUACAGAUCAUCAAACGGAAUCAGCUCCUCCCCUCCGUCAAGCCCGUCUCCUCCCCUGACCUUUGCAAGAAACCUGCUCCCUUCCAGUCAUCCCAGCCUGUACACCCCAUACAGACACCCUCCUCCUUUACACAAGUACAGCGCAAGUGAUUCCACCUGCACACAAACUCCCAAACACAUGCCGAAACACAUCUUUUUAAAAUUAUUUAUGAGGCUUCAGCAACUCGGAUGAAUGGAUGGAAAUCAGUGAAGCAAGGAACUGGAGAAUUGUAGACUGGUUGUCUAAGUCUAUGAAAUUAUAAAUACAUUUUAUUUACACUUGCUGUUAGUGUGUGACAUUUAUGGGUUGGUGACUAAGGCUUUGUUCACACUGCACAUAAAUCUGAAUUUUCAAAUCCGAUCUUGAGAACUGACUGUCUGCACUGUCAUUUUGCAAGUGCUGAAAUCAUCAUUCAUGCAAUUUUUUUGAACCCGCUCAUUCAUGAAUGAAUUCAGGCACAGCUAUAGACACUACUAUGCAUUGUGUAUGACAUUAGUCACAUUACAUCCUAAAAAAACUACUUGAAAUCCAAUCUUACUGUUAAGACUGAAACACUUAAAGAAUUUUUUAAUCGGAUUUCAAACCUCAUAUAUAUGUGGUUUAGAUCGGGGGUGUAGAAAAACAGAUUUGAAAGUUUUUCUUUUUUUUUUUUUUUUUGCACUGUUCAGAUUACAAUUAAACUGAUUUGAGUCAGAUGCAACAAAAAAUCAGAUUUUUUCUGUCUAAACAAAGCCAAAGUGACCAUUAUCCAGAUUAUUUGACCGAUUGUAUAUAGACUGGGACUUAUUUAAAAACAAAUAAAGGAUAAAAGUUUUGAAAAUCUGCAUGGAGCACUUACUGUAUAUUCCUUAAAGAAGAGAUAUAUCAUGUGGUAGUAUAAAAACAAAAAAAUAAUGGAUCAACAGUCAACGAUGGAAACCAUAAAAAUCAUUGAGACAUGUUUCAACAUGAAUUAAAAUGUCAAAAAAUGUUCUCUGACAAAUUUUAAAGGCUUUUGUAUAAUUUUAAAGGUUUGGUAAUUGUAUAACUUGAUUCCUCCUUUACUGCUGCAUAAAGACUACAAUAAAUGUCAGCUUGUCUCUGGCUACUCCUGCGUGGGUGGACAGAUGUCAGCUUUC